AUGGAUACUGAGGAUGGACAGUUCUUCAUAAAGAACUUGGCCCACUUCGUUCGUACACAUGAAAAGGCUCUCGCGAAUGCUUUACAACUACGACGUCAACAAGCCCCUAAACAUGGCUCCUCGAACAGCAUAUCUGGUGCUGUUGGAGGGUCUACCAUCCCUUCCCCAACAGUGACAAACCAACCGUCAUCUGCCUCUUCUUCUACGACUUCUAGUACUCUAGCAGCUGCUCUUUCUCUCCCAUACCUUACCUUCGCCUCUCAUAACAUCAAACCUGCUAAGCUCGCAUUAACACCCCAUCAUCUAUUCUAUCUCCUUUCCCGAAUUGAAGAUCUAGGUGUUCCAGUUGGCCCAAUGAAUGUGCGGUUAGAAAAUCUUCAUGCAGAUACAUCAGCAGCAAAUUACGUUUCUUUUCUGAGUCAAUCCCAACGCCCGAAAGGUCGUGGUUCUGACAGUGGAUCUAUUCACUCCGUGUCUAGCGUGAGAAGUGUGAUGUCUGGCAUGUCUUCUUUGUGGUCGAAUUUUGGCCUUGGGUCUGGAACCUCUGCCGCUCGAACAGAGAAACAAAAAGCUGCCACUGAAGCCGACUUGAAGUACCUAUAUUCAGCAUUUACUAAAAUUCCUUGCCUUAGACUUGCUCCAGAUCGUCGCGCGCGUUUGAUUGAAGGCUAUGAAGAAUUCCCGUUCGAUUCCGCCGUUCCACUGAUUGCCUUUAAAAAUAUUAGUGCUUUGGAGAUAAGUGAUAUCGAUAUUCGACAAUUUUUCGGUUGGGACAAGCUAGCCGAGCAAUUAAGAUCAUUGACAGUCAAAAGGGCAGGUGUUGAUGAUCUAGCUGAUCUAUUGAUCAAUAUCGUGUUGGAUGAUAUGGACAAAAGGAGGCGGCGGUCUUCCAAGGCACAAAUGUCACCAACUUCAACCUUCAUUCCCGCAUCGAGUCCAAGACGUAGCCCAACAAUGCCACAUGCCGAACUAAUUAAAUCCUGUUCGGCACCUGGGUCACCGGAUGGUCGCGGCCAUAUUAUUGAUACUGAAACAAGAGGAUUAGCGCGUUCUGGGUCCGACGGGGCCGAGUUUGGCAAAUCUCCCACCAAGCAUGGACAAAGACCAAGAAGCAAUUCUCCAGUUCGUCCACCAAGUUCUCGUACCGGCUCUUCACAUGGCCAUCUUCGUGGCUCAUCAUACAAGGUGAAGAGAUCCGGAUCCGGGAGUUCACAUUCAAGCAUGUCUGAUAGCUGGCACAACCCGCGGAAUAGCACCUCGAAUCUGUUAUCUAUGGGUUUUCUGCCAUCUUCAAAGUGGAGAUUCUUGAAACAUCUUAGCAUUGCAGACAACGGCCUGACGGCUAUUACUGCCUCCAGCCUUGCACCCUUAGCCAACACCCUCCACUCACUUGACCUUUCUUCGAAUCUAUUCGCCCAAAUCCCAGAUUGCUUAGCGUCCCUUACCGCACUACGAGCAUUGAAUCUAUCUAACAACAUGAUUGAAUCUCUUCAUUCUCUUACUCGGAACCCACUGCCUGCUAUAUCUGCUCUUAAUCUACGGUCAAAUCGUCUCACAUCACUAGCCGGAAUUGAGAGGCUUUAUCCUCUAGAAAGGCUUGAUCUCCGUGACAACAAGAUUACUGAUCCAACAGAACUUGCUAGAUUGACGGGUAUUCCAGAUAUUCGAGAAAUAUGGAUUAGUGGCAAUCCAUUUACCAAAACACACAGUAACUACAGGACCACGAUCUUCAACUUAUUCAGGCAAACUCCAGGAUAUACCGAGGAUAUUUUGAUUGAUGCUUAUGGACCAGGUUACACCGAGAGGCGGCAUCUAGUCGAACGUGUUGCAGAACGGCCAGGUGUGCCUGUUGUCAAACCACCUCCCCCCGAUUAUGGUCUGUCCGCUAUCGAGGUCAACAAACCAAUUAUCGAAUAUGCUGCACCAAGAGAACCUGCAGUACUUCGGAAAGAACGACCAACACCCGUUGCUGCGACUAGUGAAAUCAACACUGGAACUACGGGUAGAAGGAGAAGGACCCCAAAAAGACGAAUCGUAGAUUUAUCGACUUCAGAGACGUCACCAAGCAAGCAAGGACUGACCCGCGUUGUAAUGCCAGAGGAACCGCCACCACCUAUGCCAAGAACAGUGUCAGAUAGUAGCUAUGGCAUAAGUCCCGUAUUUUCUCCUACGAUUCUUCCUUCCUAUGUACCUUCAGAACCUCGUCAGGCCCAAAGACAGCCGGAUGUCCCACGUAUCAACACCUCAGUAUUACCUCGUCUACCUCCAAUGCCAGCGGUAGAAUCGGUACCUUACGAAACAGCAAUCAAGCCACAGCCAGUCAAGACUCCAGAUACCCCAGACUGGAACAUGAGCGGUGAGCUAUAUCGGAAGAAGAUAGAGGCUCUAAGAAAUGAUGUUGGGCAAGGAUGGUUGAGUGUGUUAAGCGAAGAAGGCUGGGAGGCUCAAAAGAAAAGUCAGCCGCCCGGAUAUCAAACCUCCGAAUACGAUUCAGCAAAUACUAUGAGACCGGGCUCUACAAUUAGGGCAGUCAGUCAACAGACAAUACACAGCGGUCGCACUUUGGGUUGA